AUGGAAGACGAUGAUGACAUUCCAACACUCUCUGCAGAGACAUUUGCAGCAUUACAAGAAUUCUACAUAGAACAAGAAAAAAGACAGGAGAUAUUUAACAAGUUAGAGGCUGACAACAAGCUAAAAGAGAAUAUUAUGUUUGAUGAAAAUUGGCAACUAAGUCAAUUUUGGUAUGACGAACCAACCGUCCAAGCCCUGGUGAAAGUGAUUGAUCAAACGCUGCAGGAUGGUGGCCGCGUGGCUCUCAUAUCCUGUCCAACGCUAUUCGUGCCUGUUAAAAGACAAAUUGGAGAUAGGGCCUCAGUAUCACUCUUGGAGUACGACAGAAGAUUCGAAGUGCAUGCACCAGACUUCAUAUUCUACGAUUAUAAAUACCCAGAGAAGUUGCCCGAGCUAGAUAAAUUCGAUAUCAUAGUCGCAGAUCCUCCGUUCCUCUCUGAAGAAUGCAUUACCAAGACAUCAGAAGCUAUAAAGCUGUUAGGCAAAGACAAAAUCAUUCUAUGUACAGGAGCUGUUAUGAAUGACAAAGUAGAAAAGUUACUAGGUCUGAAGCAAUGUAGGUUUCAACCGCAUCAUAGGAACAACUUGGCAAAUGAGUUCUCCUGUUAUGCUAAUUUUGAUUUAGAUGGUAUUCUCAGGUGAUAAGAGGGUAGUUUCUAAUAGUAUUUAGAGCUGUCGUGCAAUGCUAAUACAUCUUUGAAAUUUUGUAGUAUGGCCUGACAAAGGAUUUAACCCGGCAGGGGUCCGAGAGACACAUGG